AAAGGGGAGUGACGCAGUUAUUGUAAAUCUACAGAUACUCCAUGCUUUUUUCACAUGAACCGAUAAACAUAAUUUUUCCAAGCUUUGGAAUUUCAAAUCUUUCUUAAAAAAAUAGCAAAGAAGAGUGAUUCCUGCUGUCAUCUGAAAGGCUGUGUGCCGAAUCUCUGCAGCCUUUACAUUUGGAUGCCAUUCUGGUUGGAGGUUGCGGUACACCACCCCGAGGACUAGAUGCGAUAACCAGGACGAGAUAUGCCGCAGCCGAAAUCACGAAAAAUUGCCAUCCUCGGGUACAGAUCCGUAGGAAAGUCCUCUUUGACCAUUCAGUUUGUUGAAGGCCAGUUUGUGGACUCCUAUGACCCGACAAUAGAAAACACAUUCACUAAAACGAUCACAAUAAAUGGACAAGAGUAUCAUCUUCAGCUGGUCGACACAGCAGGACAGGAUGAGUACUCUAUCUUCCCACAGACCUACUCCAUAGAUAUCAACGGUUACAUUCUGGUCUAUUCAGUCACUUCCAAUAAAAGCUUUGAAGUUGUACAAGUUAUCCAUGAAAAACUAUUGGACAUGGUGGGAAAAGUUCAAGUUCCAAUUAUGCUCGUCGGAAACAAGAACGACCUACAUAUGGAGCGAGUAAUCAGUUGUGAAGAAGGAAAAGCAUUAGCCGAAUCCUGGAACGCUGCCUUCAUGGAGUCCUCAGCUAAAGAGAACCAGACGGCUGUGGAAGUUUUCCGGAGGAUGAUCCUUGAGGCAGAGAAGAUGGAAGGCGGCGUGCAACCAGGAAAAACAUCCUGCUCCAUGAUGUAGAGCCGCCCAAUCAACACACAGGACACUGCACUGGGAUAUCCCGUUACUUGAAGGCUAGCUGCCAGUUAUUCACCACCUCAGCUGACUCCACCCCUCCAGGGUCCUAAAUAUCCAAUACUGUCUAUUUAUGGCUCUGAUUCCACUGUUAUUUAUCAGUAUCACCUAUUCCCUUUUGUCAUCCUGGUCUUUCUUUGUGUGUUUGAAAAAAAAAG